UUUUAAGUUGCCCAGUACUGAGAGCGAACGCUGUAAGUUGCUUUGCAGAAACAGAUGCAGUACUCGAUGAAUCCUGCUUAGCGAGAAAGCCAAGACUGAGUGUUUACAGAGUGUCUUAUGAAGAGGCUGGUCUUUGGCAGGUGUCUGAAGGUGGAGAGGCUGGGAGCCCAUCCCACAGUUUAGAUGACAGAAUGAGUAUGAGGAUGAAUGAUCUUUUCUAGGGCGUUUGGAAAGAGGAGACACUCUGCGGCAGCAUGCCACCACAGGCAGAACAGAGGUUUGUGGGAGAAAGUAGGAAGAGAUGAGCAAUGAGACUAUAGAUGUUAAUGAACCUCUAGCCAAAAACAUGUCUCACCAUGGGCCGGUCAGCUGGACCGUGGUCGUCUUAACAUGUCAACACAAGGACAGCGUGUAUGCCUUUCAGAAAGAGCUCAAACUACGACAGCAACGUGGAUACCUUCCGCAGGAGGCACUAUUGCUCACUGUUUCAGACCCCCAGGAGCGCCUGGGCAGUGGCGGUGCAACUCUCAAUGCGUUGCUCGUGGCUGCUGAGCACCUCAGCGCCAGGGCUGGACAUACUGUUGUGACUGCAGAUGUGCUGGAUGAUGCUCACAUCCUUAUUCUCCACACGGGGCGGGACUUCCCCUGGGACAGCUGCAGUAGGGCUUUCUGCUGGCUGCCAGUGCACAGGCCUCAAGAUCUGGUGGAGCAACCUAUCUGCUGCCUGGACCUGCUGCUGGACUGCCUCACACACCAGAUCUGCCCCGGGUCUCCAGCAGGCGUAUGGGUGUGCAGCACGGACAUGAUCCUAACCCUGCCCACAGCCCCUGUGAUGUCAUGGGACAGCUUUUCAGGCGUUCGGGUUGUGUCACUUCCCAGUGAUGUCUCCUAUGCCACCAGACACGGGGUCUAUCUCACUGAUGAACAGGACAGAGUGCGUGACAUCAUCUACAGGGGAUCAGAGGAUAGGAUCCGACAAGCCCAAUGCCCGGAUGGAAAAGUCCCUCUGGUUUCAGGGCCGGUGUUCUUCUGCAGACAGGCCUCUGAGCGUCUGCUGCAGACCCAUGUGACCCCCCCACUGGAUGGCUGCACCUACAUGGGCAUGGACUCUGGGGCUCCCUCCCUGCAGCUGUCCCUGUUUCUGGACAUUCUGCUCUGUCUGUGUUUGGAUGUGACUGAGGCCCAGUUUGUGGAUGAGGAGAGGCAGGGCUGCGCUUCUGCUGUUGGGCUGCAGGGGGCAAUGGUGAGGAGCGCUAGAGCACUGCUGUGGAAGAUGCUCCGUGGAACGCCUCUCUCAAUGGUCUAUGUUCCAGAUGGCCAGUAUGAUUACAUGACCAUGUCAGGGGAUGAACACGUUAAACGCAUUACAGAGAAGGGGAUAGAAAGAGAAACUCUUUCUCACAUUCAGAACCUGCAAUGUGUGAGUGAGUACAGCAGAGUGAUAAACAGUAUGUUGGAGGGGGACGUCAAAGUUUCUGUGGGAGCAGUUGUCCAGCACUGCCAUCUGCAGGGUCCAAUGGUGGUACCAUUGGGUUGUCUGCUAUCAGGGCUGGACCUCACAACUUCAAACAGCCCCCUGUGGCUGACACUGCCCAGUGACAUCAUCAUCCAGAGACACCAUGUGCAACUGGGAGAACUGAAACUAAUAGUUUUCACUGUGCUGGGGAGGCAUGAUGAUCUGGAGGUUUCCUGUGACCAUACUGCUACCACAUUCCUGAACCAGAAAUGGACCAAUUUCUAUCACUGCACAGGAAUACAACCAGCAGAUCUUUGGGGAGCUGUGGACGAGAGUGCAGGGCCCCGAUGUCUCCUGGAUGCCCGCCUUUUCCCUGUGUACCUACCCAGCAAGGGGGCAGUGGGGUUGGAAGGGGUAGAAUGGCUGUUGGGUGGAACAGGUAGUGUGAAGCAGUGGAGGGAAGCAUGGAGGCUCUCUCUCAGAGAGGUGCUGUUGUGCAUGGACCAGCAAGGGGAGCUCUGCUGGAGGGACAACCUCUUCCUACAAGCAGCACAGAGAAGAGCCGUGGACGCACUGAAGGCCCGAACGGAUCGCAGCCUUCUGCCGAGCAUCAGGGCAGCUGUCCUGGUGGGUCGGCAGGAGGAGCUCUUGGAAACAUUGGACUCGGUCGCUGCAGGGAGCACUAAAGACCUCGGGAUAGCUGCACGCUGCCUAGCAUGCGUGGCGGAUGUGCUCGGCUGUAUGGCAGGAGAAGGUAAAGGGGGACUACGAAGUGGGCCAGCAGCAAAUCCUUCUUGGGCCCCUGCUUUUGCACUUUUGGAGAGAGGUGACCUGUCCAGGGGAGUUAAAGCUCUGGCAGCUGAACGAAAGAACUGGCUGAGCAGGCCUGACUUGCUGGUUCGGGCUGCAAGACAUUACGAAGGGGCGGGGCAGAUACUCCUGCGGCAGGCAGUGAUGUCAGCACAACACUUUGUUGCCAUUGGCCAGGGCAACGUGCCCCCCAUUGGGGAGUGGCAGGAGGUUGAAUGCCCUGCCAGACUGGACCUCUCAGGUGGCUGGAGCGACACCCCUCCUAUCGCUUUUGAAAGAGGGGGUGCCGUGGUGAACGUGGCUGUGAAGGUUGAUGGGCGGCGUCCGAUUGGAGCCAAAGUACGUCGCAUCAGAGAGCCUCGCCUGCUGCUGAUCAGCACGAGUGGAGCCCCAGACUGUCAGGUUACCACAGAGACAGUGUGUGACACAUUGCAGGACCUGGAGGACCACUGUCAGCCCCACGCACCUGGUGCUCUACUGAAGGCAGUGUGUGUCUGCAGUGACCUGGUCACAGUCUACUCCCAGCAACCCCUGCAAGAACAGAUGUUGCAGCGCUGGGGGGGUGGAUUGGAGUUGCGCAGUUGGUCACUCUUGCCCCAUGGCUCCGGACUGGGUACCAGUAGUAUCCUGGCCGGGGUGGCACUAGCUGCCGUUUACAGGUGUACAGGACGCACAUUCGACACAGAUUCUCUGAUUCAUGCCGUGCUGCACCUGGAACAAGUGCUCACCACAGGUGGGGGGUGGCAGGACCAGGUUGGGGGCCUGGUGGGAGGAGUCAAAUUUGCCCGAUCGAGCAAUUGCCUCCCCCUCAGGGUGCAGGUGGAGCAGCUGAAUCUCCCCGAAGACUUCCUGCAGUCCUUGCAACAGCACCUCCUGCUAGUCUACACAGGCAAGACGCGCCUGGCUCGCAACCUGCUUCAGGAUGUAGUGCGGAGUUGGUACGGACGCCUGCCCUCCAUUGUGGAGAACAUUGAUGAGCUGGUGAGCAAUGCGGAGGAAUGUGGCCGGGCGUGUAUCGAUGGGUCUCUCUCUAGGCUGGGACUCUGCCUUGACCAUUACUGGCAGCAGAAGAAGGUGAUGGCACCGGGGUGCGAGCCGGCAGCUGUCCGCGCUAUGAUGGAUGCUCUACGGCCUCUGGUCCUGGGCCAGAGCUUGGCAGGAGCAGGAGGCGGGGGCUUCCUCUUUAUGCUGACCCGUGAGCCUCUGCAGGAGAAGACUGUGAAGAGUGUGCUAGGCAGAAUACAGGGCUUGGGGGAUUUCAGCGUUCACUCUGUAGAGGUGGACAUGCAAGGAAUCUCGUUCCAACGGCCUUCUGAGACCCAUCAGAAAGACAUUGUGUGACAGAAAGUGACAGAUUCAUGGCACCGACUUGCCGGGAUCUUGAAUGCACAGACGGCUGAGUAUGGUCUUCUCCACUGCUCAUUCUAGGUAUGUUCUGUUUCAGUGUAAGUUAGAUGAGGUCAGAAUAAUGAAUGUAAGUAAUACCAUAUGAAUCGUCAACCUUCCGUUCAGAUCCCUUUAAUGUGUAUUGGGGCAUUGUGUAGAAUAAUCAGCUGUGCGAAUUUUAAGUGUAAGGUGCACUUAAUUAAUAAUGGCCUUUCUGGGUGUUCAUGACGGUUCGUGUUAUUAAAAAAAGUUAAUGCAGUUACACAGUUUACCUGAAGUUCAACUUGUGGAAUGCAUAUAUCUGGAUGCUUAAAGAUCUAUUUUUAUAUUAAUUUAUUUCUGUAUGUUUUCUGUUGUAGAACACAGAUAAGUCAGUUAUUACUAAGACUGGAGUGCAAAAUGUUUUUGAUAUACUAUGACACUAUACAUUUGUGAUUUGUGAUGCUCCUGUAAACUGUCUCUUGUUUAAAAUGAAAAAUGUGUAGGAAUGAAAAUUUUCAAAAACACUUCAGGCAUACUGUAUAUAUUUUUAGCAUUAACUGUUGACACUACUACUUUGGACAUCUCUUCCCAACCCAAAGUAUCGACUUUGAAUGCCUUUACCACUGUUGGUGGUGUCCAUACAGUAAGUUACACAUUUUUAAAAGCACUUCUGUUAU